ACCGGUCAUAUGAUGUAGUUUCAGCCGCGGUGUGGAGCUCAGUGUUCGGUGUGUGUUCAGGUCCACAGUCGGAGGCUGGCAGGAUGGCACCGGGCAGGACGGGCUCAUGGGCGGCGGUGCUGCUGUUCGCUGUUAGUGUGUGUAGAGGCUGGUCACUCCCGGUUCAGGAAAAGGAGGUCUGGGGUUAUGUGGACGUUCGUGAAGGAGCACACAUGUUCUGGUGGCUUUACUAUGCUAACAGCCCCAGCUUUAAGGACCUGCCUCUGGUCAUGUGGCUUCAGGGAGGACCUGGUGGAUCCAGUUGUGGAUUCGGAAACUUUGGAGAGAUCGGACCUCUGGACACAGACCUUAAGCCAAGGAAAACCUCCUGGGUGAAUGCUGCCAGUGUCCUGUUUGUGGAUAAUCCUGUGGGUACAGGGUACAGUUACACAGACUCUGAGAAAGCCCUGGCGACGGAUGUGUCCAUGGUGGCAGCAGACAUGAUGGUUCUCCUGCAGAGCUUCUUCAGCCAGCGCACUGAAUUUCAGACAGUUCCUUUCUACAUUUUCUCUGAAUCUUACGGAGGAAAAAUGGCCUCGGCUAUUUCACUGGAGCUCACGAAGGCUGUUCAGAAAGGUUCCAUUAAGUGUAAUUUUGCUGGAGUGGCGCUGGGAGACUCCUGGAUUUCUCCUUUAGACUCUGUCCUGACCUGGGGGCCGUAUCUGUACAGCACUUCUCUGCUGGAUGAUUAUGGUCUAAAGGAGGUGACCCAAGCAGCGAAAGAUGUUCAGCAGGCAGUGCAGCAGGGUCAGUAUCAGAAAGCCACUCAGCUGUGGUCAGUUACAGAAAACGUGGUGGAACAGAACACAAACGGAGUGAAUUUCUACAACAUCCUCACGCAACAAGAUGAUGAUGACCUGGUGAAGUUCAGUGCUGAUGACCAAGACUAUCUGAUUGCUCUGAAACGCCGCCAUAUUAAGCCUCUUCAUGGCCAGUCACUCUCAGAGCUGAUGAAUGGACCAAUCAGGAAAAAGCUAGGUGUCAUCCCGAAGAACGUCACAUGGGGAGGUCAGGCUGAAGACGUGUUUUCCAGCAUGUCUGGAGACUUUAUGAAGCCUGUGGUGGACAUUGUGGAUGAGCUUUUGUCUGCUGGGGUCAAUGUGACUGUCUAUAAUGGCCAGCUGGACCUGAUUGUGGACACGAUGGGUCAGGAGCUGUGGGUGAAGAAGCUGAAAUGGGAAGGACUCCAGAAGUUCAAUCAGAUGAAGUGGACGGCUCUGGAAGACCCAGAGUCUGCAGGACAGACGGGAGCUUUUUACAAGACCUACAAAAACUUUGCCUUCUACUGGAUCCUGAAGGCUGGACACAUGAUCCCCUCUGAUCAGGGUGAGAUGGCUCUGAGGAUGCUGAAGAUGGUCACUUUGCAAGAGUGAUGAAGACACCCUGUCAGAUUUAAGACAAUCAAUGCAGAUUCACCAAAAUCAAUGCUUUUUAGCUUAUACUUUGACCUCACACACCUCACUCCACUCGGUCUGAUGAUGAUGAUGAUUCUGUGGCUAAUCAAACUGAAUCACUUGAUUUUCUUUUUUUAACUGAAAUGUGCUCAAUAAAUUGUCUUUUUUUCUAUA